GUCCUCUCAUGUGGAAGGAAUCCUGGUGCAUUCAGUUUCUUCUCAUGGAUUUCAGGAAUCCUGGUCUCGAUGUUAGAGAAAAAGAGAAACUCCCAGUGGCCUCAGACCGCAACAGAAGGGAAGAUGUUUACAACCGGCUGUGAGCCAAACGACUCACUUCUGGGGCAGACCGUUUACAGAAGGGACAUGUGUGCCUGGAACUCCUUUCUUGGCCCGUGGCGGUUUCCCCCAAAUAACGGCUGGAAAUUGUUCUCUGAAAGAGAGCUUUCUUGUUCCCAUUCUGAUGAGCAAAAAGGCAAAGUGAAGAAUCCCCCUUUGUCACCUCCAAUGAUUCCGCCGCUGCGUCGACUCCAGCCUGGCUUCGCUCCCAGCCAUGCCCCCGCAUUGGGCCGGCCCACUCCCGACAGAACCCAUGCACCUGCCCUGCACCUGCUCGCCCCCCUUCCCCUGCCUGGAGAAUUGGUUUCUGUUGUAGAUUUGCAUCACCCAAGAGAUACACCUAGGUUUUUUAAAGGAGAAGUUUCAACACUGGGCUUUGGAAGGAAAUGCCCUGCUAACCUUCCACGCUCACACCUGGCUCAGAACAAAACCAGGGCCGAUGGGAGCGAUGACUUGUGCCACGCGUACGCAUCCUGGGCUGCAGAUCUUGGCUUUGAGGCGGUCCAGGAGGGCGAAGCAACGUGA